GGGCGGUGCCUCAGGGCCCCUCCCGGGCCGGCGGCGGCGACUCUGCGCCCAUGUCCUCCACGCAGCCGCGCUCGCCCACCUCGCGGGCCGCCAAGAUGAAGAAGGACGAGUCGUUCCUGGGCAAGUUGGGCGGCACGCUGGCCAGGAAGAAGAAGGCCCGGGAGGUGAGUGACCUGCAGGAAGAGGGCAAAAGUGCCAUCAACUCACCGAUGUCUGCUGCCUCCGUGGAUGUCCACCCUGAAGACACCCAGCUUGAGGAGAACGAGGAGCUCACGAUGAUAGACCCCACCUCCAAGGAGGACCCCAAAUUCAAGGAGCUGGUCAAGGUGCUGCUGGACUGGAUCAAUAAUGUCCUGGUGGAGGAGCGGAUCAUCGUGAAGCAGCUGGAAGAGGACCUGUAUGACGGGCAGGUGCUGCAGAAGCUUCUGGAAAAAUUGGGGCACCACAAGCUGGAUGUGGCCGAGGUGACCCAGUCGGAGAUAGGGCAGAGGCAGAAGCUGCAGACGGUGCUGGAGGCCGUGCAUGACCUGCUACGGCCACAUGGCUGGGCGCUGCGGUGGAACGUGGACUCCAUCCACAGCAAGAACCUGGUGGCCAUCCUCCACCUGCUUGUCUCCCUGGCCAUGCACUUCCGGGCCCCGAUCCGCCUUCCUGAGCACGUGUCGGUGCAGGUGGUGGUUGUCCGGAAGCGGGAAGGCCUGCUCCACUCCAGCCAUGUCUCGGAGGAGCUGACCACGACCACGGAGAUGAUGAUGGGCCGCUUUGAGCGGGACGCCUUCGACACGCUCUUCGACCACGCCCCGGACAAGCUGACUGUGGUGAAGAAGUCGCUCAUCACAUUUGUGAACAAGCACCUGAACAAGCUGAACUUGGAGGUGACAGAGCUGGAGACCCAGUUUGCAGAUGGUGUGUACCUUGUCCUGCUCAUGGGCCUUCUGGAGGACUACUUCGUUCCCCUCCAUAACUUCUACCUGACUCCAGAGAGCUUCGAUCAAAAGGUCCACAAUGUGGCCUUCGCCUUUGAGCUGAUGCUGGAUGGGGGGCUGAAGAAGCCCAAGGCUCGGCCUGAAGAUGUGGUGAACUUGGACCUAAAAUCCACCCUGAGAGUGCUGUACAACCUGUUCACCAAGUACAAGAACGUGGAGUGAUAGGAGCAACAGACGACGUCAGGGACAGUUUCCGGGCAAGGGAAGCGGGGUCCGUGCUUCUGGCCCGAUGUCCAGCUGGUGUCCCAGUUGGUUGUUGUUCUUAAUGUCUUCUUGUGACUCCCAGGGCCUUGGAAAAUGCACUCUUUGAGGCCCCGAUUCCCAGGCUGCUGAGUCAGUUGUUGGUCUUAAUCAAAAGAUGAAAAAGAAAAGCCCUAGCCCCCACCCUCAGCCUCAGGCCCGGGCCCCCCUGCGCUCUGUGAUGGAGCAGUUAGCCACCUCAGGUGCUCAGCACAGCACCACCAUCACUGUCACUGCCGUGUAGGCACAGACUCCCCGGGGACUCAGCCUGCCUGUCUCCAGGGUUCCCCUGGGAUGGGCUGUCCUUGGAAGCAGAGCCUUUUUAGUAAAAGGCUUUUGCAGUUUUAAAAAAAUCUCCCUCUCAAGUCCCUGAAGCUUUAGAUAUGACACGAGUUUCAUCCCCGUUCCUGUGGCUCUUUGGAUCUCUCCGCGUUGUGAUUGAUCUUCUGCACAAACGAUGACCACAGAAGUGGCGGGUGCAGAGAGCAGGUCUUGGUUUCUUCUGUGGCUCGGGGGCUGGGCCCGGAGCCAGCUGAGAAGGUGCUCUGGACACGGCUUGGGGCCCCUCGUGGGAAUGGACGCAUCUGCAGAGACUAAACGGGGACGUGAAGCAUUGUGUCAGGGCUUCGUGGCAGAGCACCACAGGCCAGGCGGCUUGUUCUGGGGUCUGCAGGGCCGGUUUCUGCUGAGGCUCCCUCUCGGCCAGCUUCUCCCGGGGUUCACACUGUCUUCACCCUGUGGGUCUGGUACUCGCCUUCUGUUCCUAGAAGACACCAGUCCUCCUGCGGUGAGACCCAUGCAUAGGAACCCCCCAGUGACCUCCCUAAAGACCUAUCUCUUAAGUGCAGCUGCAACUGGGCAUCAGGACCUCAGCCUGUGAAUUUGGGAGACACAACUCAGCCCAUAACAGGGACACAUGAAGUAUUCACCAUGCUGUCCCCAGAGUGAGGUGGCAUCUCCCUCUGGAGUGUCCUGCAAAAAAUAUUGUCACUUACGUGUGGCCUGCUCAUCCCUGGCUCCCCUUGGCUCUGGAGAGAAAUAGGGGUCCCAUUGGCUGCAUUUCCUGGGUGGCCCCUACUCUCGGGUGUCCUGCCUUACAGACUGUCCCUGCUCCAUUCUCCCAGAUCCCACUGGCCCCUGGGGACUCCUGCAUGGCCACCCCUGCCCUGCACACUCAGCAUUUGCAGAAGCAACGACCAGAUGGGUCUUUCCAGUCUUUCAGAUCUCUGCCUUCCCACGAUAGGUCAGGGCUGCAGAAUAAGUUGUUCGUAUUAAAUUGAAUGCCAGCGCCAAGUUUGAAGAAACAGUUUAAUAUUCUUCCCCUUUCCACUGUUGCUAGGCUGAGGAUGGGUUCCAAAUAGGCAUUUUGAUGGAGGUGGUUUCCCAGCAGGGGCAAGAAAUAAUUAAAACGGCAUUACAGUGUCUCCUGCGGGAUGCGGUGACAUUAAAGAGCCACACUGACAAAAUAUCCAGGGCUAGAACACUGCGUGCUGCCUUGGUUACACGCAUGGAACCUCAGCAGCCGGCACUGGUGGAGCUGGGUCUGGCCUGUGUGUUCACAGGCAGGCUGGGGAGGGGGUACCCAUCUCUGGGGAUGGCGGGGGCUGAGGGGGCAGAGGAUGGGGGUCAGGAUUUCCAACGGAAGCAAGCACGUCUGUGCUGUUCUGGCCCAUGGAAAUUGGGGCAUCCCGGCCGUCCCCGUCCCAUGGAAACAUGCCCUAGCUCAUGUCCCCCUCUCAUUCCUCUGUCCCAGUGGAACAGUACAUGGAUUGUAAAACAAGCAGGGCAGCUGUGACCGGGCACUGGCUUCACCCCAGGGUGGCUGAAGGCUGCGUGCACCCAUGGCCUGGACAGAGGCUCUGUGCUUGGGGUUCACUGUGCCAAGGGAGAGUCUUCCCCUAGUGCCCACGAGCCUGGCGAGAAGAAUCGCCCAGGUGGGAGUCUCUGGAGCAAGACGCCCCAUCCCCUGGGCCCUGACUGCACGGGGCAUCUUGGGGUCACUGCCCCCGAGCUUCCUUGGGAGGCAAACCCUUCUCUCUUGUUUCCUAAUAUGAGCAAGUUUUAGAGCCUUCUUCCUUCUUGGAUGCCACAUUUUUGUGAUUUUUUUCAUUUUUGUCUGAAGCGGGGUCUGGUCCAUAGGAACCAGGUGACAGCAAGGUCAUUGUGUCCACCCACUGGGGCUGAGCCUCGACAGCCCUGAGACACUCACACUCCAGCCUCCUCAGAGUAGCUCCGUGCCUGACCCCGCCUCAGCAAGUCCCCCUGCAGCUCUGGAGUCCGCCCAACGUGGUAUUGGGUAAGCACCAAGCCCAGGGCCCCGUGGUAACCUAAUUGGUUGCGACAAAGAAUAGUUUUAUUCUAAAACAGCUGAAUCCUCUUUUCCUCCUUUGUGUGCCAGUAUUUUAUUAUCCUUUUAAUUGUUUGAAGCAACAUUUACUUUGAAUUUCUGGGUAUUAAAUUAAAGCCACUAAAACCCUGGCCACGCUUUGAUCACAAUGGCCUGGCUGACAGCAGGAAGCCACAUUGCCGCACGUGGCAGCACGAGCCCUGUGCUUCCGUGCCAGGGACACGGGCUGGGGAGACACCACAUGGUGUGCGUCACAGUGUGCUGUUGUUUAUUCCAGUAAAGAACAUGGGAGCA